AUGGAUCUUUGUACGGGUCAACUGGCUCAGCGCAAAGAUCAAUUUUGCCCGUACGCCGCCGUCACCAAGUGGCCGUAUCAACAUCUGAGAGCGGAGGAAAUGAAGAUGGUCUCCGAGAAAUACUUCGCGUGGGGAGCAUUUCGUGAGCGUGGCUGGAACCUAUACUACAUUCGUACCCUUCUAGGAGAUUCGGAGAAACCAUUGUUACUAAUCCCACAAAACGAGGUCGAGCAACUAUUCAACGAGAUUGAAAAAUCUCUCGGCAUUUAUGCUUCUUUUCCCGACGUUUCGGAGGUGCCUGGAUUCCAGCUUUCAUUUGUCGAAGAAGGCACCCCUCGUCCUCGGUAUCUCGGACGUUUCACGGAGGAUUGCGGUAUGCUUGAACUAGAAGGCAUGAUUCCUGUGGAAGGUUCUCCAUUGGAGGCGCCAGAAGUGCUUGAUGAACGAUCCUUUCCAUUCUUCAGGCAAAAGAUGCUCGAUGCUAUGGCUGCUAGUAAAAAGAAAAGCAAAGCGGUCAGGCAGAAGAAACGUAAGGAUCGUGUUGAGAAUAAGAGGAGAUGGUGUAGCGAAUUGAAACGAGGGCAAUGCUACCUGGGGUUGCGUCCUCGAGGGACUGACGGCAAAUUCGAAGACUUUCAUAAAGACUCAAAUAUGUCCCACGAGGAGUCGCAAAAGGCGCAGGAGGACUUCGAGCUAGCUGCAGGUAUUAAGCUGCCGUCUCUGGACAUGACAUCUGCGGCUCCUUACGAUUUCGACAAGAACGUGAUCUUUGUCUGCGUCGACAUCGAAGUCUUUGAGAAGGAUCAUCGUAAGAUAACAGAGAUCGGGUUUUGCACGCUCGAUACUUUGGAUAUCGUGCGAGCACCACCUGGUGAAGGUGGUAAAAGGUGGAUGAACCAUUUGCGCUGCCGUCAUUUCCGCAUCGUAGAAACAGCUCACUUGAACAACUCUGAAUUCGUCGCAGGAUGUGCUGAUCGCUUCCAGCCGGAGUUUGGUACAAGCGAAUGGAUCUCUACGCAGGAGAUACCGCAAGUCGUCGCUUCGUGCUUCAAGCCUCCAUACUCCGAGCCCGGGAAAUACACUCCUUAUCCAUUCAGUGCUAAAGAAGUGCCAAGGGGAGGAUCCCAAUACAAGCCACACGUUGAGGCUGAUCCAUCACACCGGCGUAAUGUUGUCCUACUGGGUCAUGGCGUCAGAUCAGACCUUGACUUCCUCCGUAAUGUUGGGUACGACGUUGGCAAUCUCUCAAAUAUGAUCGAAGUCCUCGAUACCGGAAACAUGUACCGAGCCUAUAAGCACGAAUUGAACCCCAUCAGCUUGGGGGCUCUUCUUAUGGAGCUUGAACUCGUGGGCUGGAAUCUUCAUAACGCUGGAAAUGACGCCGUCUACACCACUCAAGCAUUACUCGGUCUCUCCAUCGCUGCACUCUCCCCGGACAAUAAACCAGCCACAAAAUUAAGCCAUGAGCAGCUUCACGAAGUAGCUGCCGAAGCCAGAGAUAGGUUGCAAGACGAGCUGGAGGAUUGGGAGGCAAUAGAGGAGGAAGGCGGCGAUGGCGGUGAACCAGUGAAGAUACUUCCCAUGGCCGAAUUGGUUGAUGAAGAAUCAUUCCAGCGUGCCAAGGUGAAAGGUCGAAAGGCUGACGAGCAGAGAGCCAGAAGGGAUGCUCGCCGCGACAAUGGUAUCGGAAAGGCCAAUCGGAUGGUGAAAGCAACGCGGACACCCACGGACGGAGAGAGUAAACCAAGAAAUUUACAUCAACCUAAGCCAACGUCCAUGCCCUUUGACGAAGAUGCGAUGGACGAAGCGUUCGAAGCUGCUACCACCGCUGCUCGAGAACGUGGCCAAACGAACUUGGUAUCGACAGAAACUCCUAGCGAGCUACAUGAUGGCCUUUCAAGCACCCUCUCUUCGCCUGUGGUAGGUACUACAGACAGUAGCUCGUGGAAUUCUGAGACAGCCCCAACUCCAAAGAGCGAAUACAUUCCACCACACCUACGCUCGCCAAUGAAGAAAAAGGCACCGUCUCCUGCCUCGACAGAGAAAGCGCAGGUAGAGACGAAGAAGCUUGAAGAUGCCCAAUGGAAAUCAACAGAUAACAAGGUAGAGCCUCCCUUGAGCAUAGCGGAGCGUAUGAAAAUCCUGGACGCGAUGGAGGAGAAGCAUGGGAUGUCCACAAUAGAAUCAGACGCAGCGGAUCAGGAGAAUGUCGAUGGAGGAGUUGUUAUGCUGUGA